AUGACAAAAACUACAACUGUUACAACAACAGCUUAUCAAUCAAUUGGCAAUAUAAAGGAGAUUGCUGAACAGGCUAUAGAUUGGGCAUUCGGCCACUCUUUAGUCUUUGAGAAGAAGAAGACACAGGCCGAGAGCGAUGCAAUUGCCUAUCCAAUCGUCACACAUCUUCCAAUAUCACUAUUGCCCAAUCGUUUCCCUGAUCAACUAUUCCACCAAGCCAAGUCAUUGGCCACAGACUACAACCUGCUCGUACACCACCUAAGUCGCAACUACAACUUCAUCCAAGAUACAUUGAAGAAUGUACAAGAUACAUUUACUCAAUUAUUGUUGGACAUUCACAGAAAGGUCAAUGCAGAGGGCGUUAGACAACAGAUUGAAUUAGGACUGUUUAGAUCGGAUUACAUGUUGCAUCAACCAGGCGACUCAACAGAGGACAGCGGAGAAUGGAGAUUCUAUCAGGUCGAACUCAACACCAUCUCGUCAUCGUUUGGCAGUCUCUCGUCAAAGGUGUCCGAGCUGCACAAGUACCUCAUCAGCAACAAUCAGCUCGAGAAACAGUAUCCUCUGGACAAGCUGCCUGUCAACGACACUGCUGUCAACAUUGCCAGAGCCAUCGCCGAAGCAUUCAAGUUGUACAACAAUGACAAGGCUGUCGCCAUGAUGAUCGUGCAGAAGGGCGAGAGGAACAUUUGGGACCAGAAGAUCAUUGAGUACAAUCUCUGGAACAGACACAAGGUCAAGAUGAUCAGGAGGACGCUUCAAGAGGUGCAUGAGCGCGGCAGCCUCAGCGCAGACACUGGAGCAUUGCUGAUCGAUGGUCACGAGGUGGCCAUAUCCUACUUUAGAGCCGGCUACACACCCGCCGACUAUCCGACUCAGGCUGAGUGGGAUGCUCGUCUGGUUAUUGAGCGAUCGUUGUCGAUCAAGUGUCCAUCGAUUGCCAACCACUUGGUCGGCGCCAAGAAGAUCCAGCAGGCGAUUGCCAAGCCACAGCUGCUCGAGCAGCUGUUGCAGGAUCAAGAGUCCGUGAAGCGCAUGCGUCAAUCAUUCACUGGCCUGUACAGUUUGUCCAAGGAGGACAUCGAUCCAGCAGUGGUUGAGCGCGCCAUCCAGCACCCAGAGCUGUUUGUCAUGAAGCCACAGCGCGAGGGCGGUGGCAACAACAUAUACAACGACCAAGUUCGCACAUCCCUUCAGUCAAUGUCACCUGACGAACUUUCAUCAUUCAUCCUCAUGGAUCGCAUCCAGCCAAGACCAUUCAAGACACUCAUCAUCCGUGAGCGUGAGUUGCACGAGAUUGAGGCACUCUACGAGCUUGGAAUCUUUGGACUAUACAUUGGGAAUGGAGACAAGGUCGUUAUGAACGAAGAAGGAGGAAUAUUGCUAAGGACAAAGACAGCAUCAAGCGAUGAAGGUGGUGUUGCUGCUGGCUUUGCAGUCAUCGAUUCACCAAUCCUUUCGUAG